GCGCCUCGUUAACUAAGAUGGCGUAGAGGUCAGCGGUCAGAUGUGAGUAGAAUCGUGAGAGCGCAGAGAUGAGUCUGACCUCCUGGUUCCUGGUGAGCAGCGGGGGCACCCGCCACCGCCUGCCCCGCGAGAUGAUCUUCGUGGGCCGAGACGACUGCGAACUGAUGCUUCAGUCUCGCAGCGUUGAUAAACAGCACGCUGUCGUCAACUAUGACCCCGAUACGGACGAGCACAGAGUGAAGGACCUUGGGAGCCUUAAUGGAACGUUUGUGAAUGAUGUCAGAAUACAAGAACAAGUGUACACCACCCUGAAAAUGGAAGACAAGCUGAGGUUUGGCUACGAUACCAACCUGUUCACUGUGGUCCGGGGGGAGCUGCACGUCCCAGAGGAGGCCCUGAAGCAUGAAAAAUUCACUAGUCAGCUGCAGCUGGCCAAGAAGCCAGUGGAUACGGCAGAAAGUUCCAGAGCUGCCGAACCCAAAGGUGCCGAGGGGAGCGGUGAGAGCCCAGCUAAGCCCUCCGAGGCUCCCAAAGGAGACGACAAGGCUGCAGCUGACAUAGCGGUGCUGCACCGAGGCACGCCUCUCUACGGGCAGCCAUCUUGGUGGGGGGAUGGAGACGCAGACGACGAGAACUCGGUGAAGCAGGAUAACAAGCCCUCAGACCCCAAGCAGGCCAGAUGUGAGCCAGAUGCUAAAGAUGGACCAGCAGCAGGAGGUGUUCCGGGGCCUAACCAAGGACCAGGCCCGGAGCCCAGCUACUUUGAGAUCCCCUCCAAAGAGGCCUCCACGUCGGGUGGCGGCGGCGGCGGCAACGGCGACGUCCCCCCCAAAGGUCACCAGGGCUCCGGAGCCGCCAAGGUCGCCGCUGCCGACCCCGCCCUCUCCCAGGAGGCCGCCGCCCACGGCCACGCCUCCUUCACCAUCGACUUCGACACGCUGGCGCCGGGGAAGGUGGUAGUGAAGGAGCGGGCGGCGGCGUCCAAGGGCGGCCAGGAGCAGCAACACCGGCCGCGGCCGAAGAGGGGCGCCGGCGAGGAGCUGAGCGCGCUGCAGGCCGCCAUGGUGGCGGCGGAGGUCAAGGUCGCCGACUGGCUGGCCCAGAACGAGCUGCCGCUGGCCAGGUCCGAGUCCGCGGCCGACGACGGCGACGGCGACAGCGUCAAGAGCGACGUGCCGGUCCAGCUGAAGAGCCUCCGAGGCAGUAGGCAUGAGGACGGUACCCAGAGUGACUCGGAGAACCUCCUGGGCGAUCAGUUCAGCGCCCGCCGCGCCAUGUUCCAGGAGCGCGCCGGUGCUCGUGGCCUCCGCACGGGCAUCGCCAGGGCCGACGGAGCCUUCCCCGCCCGGGACGACCCGUACCACCCCGACAACCGCAAGCACCGCCCCCCGGUGGCGCCCAAGAAGCUGGCGCCCGUCGGAGGGGAGUCGAGGGACGCCACCGCCAACACCACCGCCGCCCCCGCCGCUGCUGCUACUUCCUCCUCCGCGCACAGAGCGCCCAGAUCGGGCCCGUCCUCCGCAGGGACCCGGGAGACGCAGCCCGACCCCCGGGAGGGCCCGCAGAGGGGUCGCCAUAGCGACGACCUCAGCGACAGGGGCACGUACACCAUCGACUUCGAGAACGGGAGCCAGGAGGUGGAGGAGGCCAGACGGAUGAUUGACAAGGUGUUCGGAGUGGAGGAUAACCAGGCUCUGACUAAGCUCCGCUACCCCGAGCACCAGCGGGACCGCGUCAGCAUUUGCCCCAGGCCGGGGGCAGUAGAGAGCAGGAGGGCAGCCGCCCACAUGGCCUCCGAGGUCCUGCCAGAGGAUUUGGUGGUGGUGGGCGGCCCACGCUGGGUCUCGCAGUGGGCCAGUUUAGCGGCCAGUCACGUGAGGACCGAUCCGGAAGGUUCCGGCGCCGAAUCGCACGUCUACGUCAACAACGAGAAAGUCUCCGCCGACGUUAGUGAGGUGUCCCACAGCUCUGCCUCGGCUCCCUCGUCCAGCCAGACGGAGCGCAAGCGGCGGACACUCCCGCAGCCCCCGCUGGACGAGACCACCCUCCAGGACGGGUCCAGGAGCCGGCCGGCGCGGUGGCCCCCCGCCACCUCCGAGAAGCAGGACACGGAGACCCAGGAGAAGGAGAGCAAGUUCCAGGGGCCGUCCAGGGCCAGCCACAGGGCCGUCGGAGGCCCCCCCGCCGCCACGGUCAGGGACCCGGCGGGGGGGACGGCGAGAGGCGGCAGGCAGGCGGCGGGAGGCGCGGGCUCCGAGGCCGGGGGACGCCGGAGCGGUCAGUCGCAGGGCGGCUCGCCGUGCAAGUCGACGGGCAGCGGCGCGGAGCGGAGGAGCGCGGACGGGAGGAAGAGGAAGGAGGAGGAGAAGGAGCGGGAGAAGCUGGGCAAGCCGCUGCUGAGGCAGGAGAGCUUCACCGUGGAGAGGCCCAGCGGCAACGUGCCCCUGGAGCUCAUCCCGUGCAUCGACAGCCUGACCACCGCCGCCACGUCCACCUCGACGUCCACCGCCGCCUCCACGCAGACCAGGGACCCCGGCGGCGGGCCGGUCAGCGACGGUAUCGACGCGGCGACGCUGCUGAGGGACAACGAGGCGGUGGCCGCCUUCCUGGAGACCACGCUGUCGGACCUGGCCGACCCGCCGAGCUACUCGCUGGAGGAGGGCUCCAUGUCGCCCGAGUCGGACAUCGACACGACCAGCACGGUGAGCCAGGCCGGGGGCGAGGGCGGCGGCGGCGGCGGCGGCGGGCGCAAGGUGGCGCAGAAGAGGCGCCCGGGAGCCGGGCCGCCCAGGGUGGCGUCGAACGCAGCGGCGGCAAACCGAGGCGGAGCGGCGGACAAGACGAGGUCGUCUCAGCAGUCGGCGUCGGGAGCGGGGGGGCCGCGCUCGCGGGCGUGGACGUCGCUCGAGCUGACCGACGACGACCUGAACUCCUCGCUGCUCUCCGACACGCAGCCCGCGCCUCCGGCGCCGCACGUUCCGUCGAGGGGCCGCGGGCAUGCGCAGGCCGUUUCUAAAGCGGAACCGGGACCGGGCGGCCGGGCCGGACGAGGGAAAACCGCCGCGUCCGGGUCGGCCGCUUCCGUCGCGUCCUCGCCCGCCUCCAAGCCGGCGGUCGCCCCGCGCCCGAGACCCACCCGCGCCUCUCUCCUCCGCCGAGCUCGGCUCGGGGAGUCGCCGGAGGCGGACCUGGGCGACGCCGAUCGGCUGUCCGUGGCGUCGGAGGCCUCGACGGCCAGCUCGGCCUCCCGCCCCUCCGCCGGCCGACGGACGCUCUCGCGGAUCGAGGCGCUGGCCCAGCCGAGGAGGCCUCGCGUCAGCUCGCCGUCGGCGAGGAGCGACUCGGAAGCGACCUCCAGCCGGUCCAGGGGCUUGCCGUUGCGGCCUCCCCCAGAGAGUGCAGCCCGAGCGGGCUUCAGGUCCGGCGGCUACCCCUCCGCCGCGGCUUCAGCUCCCAGGGCCCGGGCCAACAGUGCUUCCAAACUCCCAGACAAAUCGGCUGUCACCUCUUACAACCACAACGCUACUGCAGCUAACAACCGCUGGCGCCGCAUGCCCAUCGAGUACGCCUCCACCUCCGAGGACGAGUUCGGCUCCAACCGCCACUCCACCAAGAACGCCCGCGCGCGUCCCCUGGCGCCGAGGGUGACCCAGCUGGGCGGCUCCGCGCCCACCACCCCCAGCCCCGUGGGCAUGAGGCGCCACUCGCGCGAGCAGGACGACUACAUGAGGGACUGGACCGCCCACAGCGAGGAGAUCGCCCGAAUCAGUCAAGACCUGGCUAAGGACCUGGCCAUGCUGGCUCGUGAGAUUCACGACGUAGCCGGAGAGAUCGACUCCGUCAGCCCCUCGUCUGCUGCAGACCCCUCUGCCCUUGAUGACCGAGUGUUUGCGGAGAGUCUGGGCAGCGCUCCUGAGAUCAGCACCACGAGCGUGGAGCUCCGCCCCCCGGCCGCCAACGGGCAGGACCUGCGCGCGCUCCGACGCCGCACUUGGAACAGAGACGAGGCUGUGAUGGACAGUCUCCUGCUCGCGUCCGUGUCCCAGCUCUCCGCCAAAAUCAGGCAAGCGGUGGAGAAGACGACCGGCAAAAUACGGAUCCUGUUUAAGGACAAGGACAGGAACUGGGAGGAGAUCCAGAGCAAGAUGCAGCUGGAGCUGGAGAUGCCACUGCUCAAGACCUCCAACCAGGAGAUAUCCUCCAUUCUACAAGAUCUGAAGAGGAUCGAGAAACAGCUCGUCGUGAUCGACAUCAUGGUGGACCCUGACGGCACUCUAGACGCGCUCAGCAGCCUGGGCUUGACCAGCCCCCUGGUCUCCGAGCGCAGGGUCAGCCCGGGCUCUCAGGCCCAGAGCGGGGGCCCUCUGCUUGGGGAGGGUGCGGCCGGCGCCCCCCUGGCCCCCGCGGCCCCCACCGAGGUGGCAGAGCGCGACGCAGGCCUCGACGUGAACAGCAACGCCGCCGCAGGCAGCGGAGGACAAAAGAGCUCGGUCUCCCACCCAUGAAGGAGGAGGCCAUUUGUUUUAGCGUGGGCCAUUAGCUUGGACAUGCGGUGGCCCUGUAUGUGCUUGUCCAGUGCAAGAAAUAUACCCACUGGGAGUCUAUUAGCUAGCUAAUGACAUGUGGAGAACGAACAGACAACAUACAGCAAACUACUGGAUAUAUUCGUUGUGAAGUCAAAUUGCCCAUAUAACAGUGCUUAGGUUGACCCUGAAAGGAAAAAAAAAAAAAAAAGUAGUCCCAAACAUAUUUUCAAAAGCUUACAAAGUAUUUUACAUUAUAUACCUACUGUGCCACUACCUAAAUAUUACACUAUAUGUUACUUUAUAAAGGUAUUUGAUAUUACAUCUGUAACCAAAACCACUCCUAGGUGUAACUGAGAUUUACCGUAGAUGAAAUAAGACAUCGGCUAAGAACAGGAUAUGUGCUUCGAAAAUAGAAUGCAUAAAAAGCUUGUAUUUUUGUCCCAAAGUCUGAUUAUUGUUAGAGUGCUAAGAUGAUUACAUAUAUACAAAAAAGACAUAAGUUUCACAUUGUAUCUUGUUUACAAACGUCUUGCUCCUAUGAGGCCCGCUGUUGUUGUGAGCUGAGGAGCUUGCGAUGUCCCGGAUCAGCCUUUCUCUGCCAACCCUUAGAUGGGGGACUUACAGGGGGGCGACAACAGGCGCGUAACGGAAACGUUCGCUUCGCGUUGCGACCGCUACAACUAUUAGCUUUCACUGUAAUCAAUGGAACUGGCUACACCAGAUGUGAUGCUAACUCAGUACUUUUGAACAAAGUUGAAAAGUAGUGUUCUAAAUUGUUUUUAACGUGUCGCGAACAGAGUGCUUUAGCUACACGCCUGGUGUGGCCCCCCCUGCUAGAGUUAAUUAAACGGAAUGACAGGAGUAGUGAUGGACUAUCCACAGUGGCAUAGCACUUGAGGGGUCACGGGAACCUUAAUGUGUGAAUGAGAGAAAAACGAAAGGAUAGGAUGAUUUCCCAUACAGGUGGGCAUUCUGGACCAUGUCCUUGUGCUUAUGCAGGUUGAGAACUAGUCCGUUUCCGAGAGUAUGACGUUUAUCCAAAGUUGAGUGUGCUAUGUGGUCUGUUCCAAAGCAAGGCGCUUUUUUUUCGUUUUGUUUUGUUUAUGCAAUUUUUGAGUGUUGUCUUUUCUGACUGUUGCACUGACAUGUUGUCAUUAAAAAAAAAAA